AUGACACUAGAAACAGAGAAAGUGAUUGAUAUGUUUGCAGCAUAUCAUGCAGCAAAGAGAAAUGAUAGAGUUAUGGCACAUUUAAAAAAGAAAUAUAAUAUUUAUAAACGUUUGAAUAUGAUGAGAGGAAGAUUCUUUUAUCCAGCCGCUAUACACAGAAGGACAUUGCCUUCUGACGUACAAUUAGUCAGAAACACCGCAUUAAAUACUUUAAAUAAUGAAUAUACCGAUACUGUUUUACUCAACAUGAUGGGUGAUGUAAAGAAUAGAAUGAUUAUGCAAAAAGCAAAUGCAUUACUUAAAAAGAUUAUGUCUCAAUAUGCUGCCGAUUCAUUCCAACGUGCUCUAGAGCAAAAUGGUAUCGAUGAAAAUUAUAAUGAAGAAGACGAUCCAGAUUAUGAGGAAGACGACGACGACGAGGAUGAUGAUGAUAUGGAAGAAUACGAUGACGAAGAUGACGAAUAA